AUGAAUUCCUUUCCUACACAUAAUCGCAACACAUCACAAGGACAACAGCUGAUAGUGGAUCGGAACGAAUCGUAUGAUGAGGAACUGAACGGUGAAAAAUCUGAAACAUCCGCCUCCCCGUCACAUCCAUCGAAUUCGUUGGAUUCUGCGGACCAGACGUAUGAAGCGAGACUCAGAUCGACCGAUGUAUAUCCUUCUCCGGCUGACGGGCCGUUCUGUAGAGACGCAAGAAUUCGCGAUAAUUGGCGUGUGGUUGUCGGAUCUGUGUUACUGACCAUUCUUGGAGCAGCGUUUCUGAUCGCUGGUGCCGUAGAAAUAAUAUUUCCGGGUGAUGGGAGUAAGGAUUUUCGUAUUAUUACCGUUCUCAGUUUAUUUCAAUGCAUCAAAUACAACGGAUGGGUGUUUCUAUUCGCUGGCUCUCUGGCGUUUAUACCUGGUAUUUAUCACGUUGUCUAUAUUAUUUGUCAUCUGUGUGGAUGUCCUGGUUAUUCAUUUAACAAUCUACCAACAUUCAACAGUUGA